CAUCAGUUGACUUUCUCGUCUUCAAGUGUCCACUUUAAUUAUUUCAUUUCGUAGUUGUCGAAUUGUAUUCAAAUAAAACAAGAUGUCCUAUAAAAUCGAAGAAAUACCCGGCUCCUUAGCUAAUAUUGGCGAAGCACCUCAUUGGGAUGUUGCCAGUCAAAAUUUGUACUACGUUGACAUAAAAGCUGGUACAAUUUUUCGCUACAGCUACAACGAAAAUAAAGUUUAUAAAGCUAAAGUAGAGGGAGAAGAACAUUCUAGCUUCAUUAUACCCGUCGAGGGUACUACCGAUCAAUUUGCUGUGGGCUGUGAACGUCGUGUACUCAUUGUACGUUGGGAUGGUGUUUCUAAAAUGGCUAAAGCAAUUUCCACACUAUUCGAAGUACAAAUGGAUGAUGUGCUUCACGAGGAAAAUCGUUUGAAUGAUGGCAAAUGUGAUUCUCUCGGACGUUUAUUUGCCGGCACAAUGCGUCAUGUGGGUGACAUAUUUGAACAUCGUAGGGGUGAAUUGUAUAAAUAUGAAAAAGAUGGCAAAGUAGAGAUGAUCAAAUCGGAUGUGGGUAUUUCGAAUGGUUUGACUUGGAAUGAUAAAACAAAGAAAUUCUAUUUUGCCGAUACAGCCGAUUUUGAGGUUAAGGAAUAUGAUUAUGAUGUUGCAAGUGGAAAAAUAAAUAUUAAUAAACCCAAAGUUGUUUUGGAUUUCCGUAAAAACUCUACCAAAGAUCAUUUACUGCCUGAUGGCUUGACCAUUGAUACCCAGGGCAAUGUUUAUGUUGCCACUUUUAAUGGUUCUAGUGUCUACACCUUUAAUCCCAGCACUGGCAAAAUAUUAUUGCAAAUUAAAUUGCCUUGUUUGCAUAUUACAUCUGUUGCUUUUGGUGGCCCCAAUUUGGACAUUUUAUUUGUGACUACCGCGAAUGUAGAUGAUCUUCCACCUCCUUCUGGCUCUGUUUUUAAAGUUACCGGCUUGGGCGCCCAGGGUUAUCCAAUGACAAAUAUUAAAAUUAUGUCCUAUAAAAUCGAAGAAAUUCCCGGCUCCUUAGCCGAUAUGGGCGAAGGACCUCAUUGGGAUGUUGCCAGUCAAAAUUUGUACUACGUUGACAUAAAUGCUGGUAAAAUUUUACGCUACAGCUACAACGAAAAUAAAGUUUAUAAAGCUAAAGUAGAGGGAGAAGAAUAUGCUAGCUUCAUUAUACCCGUCGAAGGCACUACCGAUCAAUUUGCUGUGGGCUGUGGACGUCGUGUACUCAUUGUACGUUGGGAUGGUAUUUCAAAAAUGGCUAAAGCAAUUUCCACACUCUUUGAAGUACAAAUGGAUGAUGCCCGUCACGAGGGUAAUCGUUUGAAUGAUGGCAAAUGUGAUUCUCUAGGACGUUUGUUUGCCGGCACAAUGCGUCAUGUGGGUGAUUUAUAUGAACAUCGUUGGGGUGAAUUGUAUAAAUAUGAAAAAGGUGGCAAAGUGGAGUUGAUCAAAUCAGAUGUGGGUAUUUCGAAUGGCUUGACAUGGAAUGAUAAAAUAAAGAAAUUCUAUUUUGCCGAUACAGCCGAUUUUGAGGUUAAGGAAUAUGAUUAUGAUGUUGCAACUGGGAAAAUAAAUAUUAAUAAACCAAAAGUUGUUUUGGAUUUCCGUAAAAACUCUACCAAUGAUUAUUUACUGCCUGAUGGCUUGACCAUUGAUACCCAGGGCAAUGUUUAUGUUGCCACUUUUAAUGGUUCUAGUGUCUACACUAUUAAUCCCAGCACUGGUAAAAUUUUACUGCAAAUUAAAUUACCUUGUUUGCAUGUGACAUCUGUGGCUUUUGGUGGCCCCAAUUUGGACAUUUUAUUUGUGACCACCGCUAAUGAAGACGAUCUUCCACCUCCUAGUGGCUCUGUUUUUAAAGUUACCGGCUUGGGCGUCCAGGGUUAUCCAAUGACAAAUAUUAAAAUUUAA